CUUGUGUUUUGCUAGUGUCUAGUAUAUUGCAUCCAGAAGAGACCAGUGGAGCAAGAAAUCAAAUAAUUAAUUCUCGCCCGGAUGCAAGACACAUAGUUGCGUGUGAAUAUGAGGUUUAGUCCGAAAAGGUGUCUCCGUAACUCAGUGAUAAUUCUUAUACUGUUUGGAACGUUUAAGAUUCAGUGGCGGCAAAGUACAAAGCUGGAAGUCCCUGUGGAAGAACUUGAUUCGAUAACUCAACAUAAUAUUCAAAAGACUGAAGCGUAUUCGGCAGUGCUUCAUUCGACUCAACUACAUUCUAGCCGACCUCCGCCUUCAACUAAACUUCAAUCAACGCAGAUACCUUCAAGUCUGCAUGAUUCAACUGCAACCCUGUUAGAGAAACCAAAAUUUCUUAUUCUUGUUUACACUAAGUUCUGGGGACAGGUAAAAUGGGUUGGCGAGCAUCGAGGCGACUGCAUUCUUGAUCAAACCAGUAGAACUCAAUGUCCAUUAGAUAGAUUUGAAAUAACCUACGACAAACAGCGGUUUUCGCAGAGCGACUUAGUAAUAUUUCACGCGGCUGGCGGGAACAUGCCAAGUGUAGAUCAUCUGAAGUCAUUAUCAAAGAACAGGCCUGCUAAACAGCGCUGGGUUUAUCAGACUAUGGAAGGUCCACUGGUGACUCCCGAUCCAGCGCCUUUGAACGGAUUAUUCAACGCAACUUGGACGUACCGAGGUGACUCCGAUUUUUCAGCUGCCUAUUCAGCUUAUGUACCCCUCUUUCCUGAGGAAGCGGCGGGUAGAAUGAAAACUAUGAUCGACUAUAGUCAAGGAAAAACUAAACUUGUCGCAUGGCUGGUGAGUAACUGUGGAUCUCAACUACGUAUGGCCUUCGUCCGCGAACUGAUGAAGUACAUCAACGUAGAUGUAUACGGAAGCUGCUCCAGCGCAUUUGGCCAGCGACUAUCAUGUUCAAAAUCAGGUGAAAAAGACUGCCUCAAACAUUACAAAUUCUACCUGUCGUUUGAAAAUGCGCUGUGCAAGGAUUACAUCACUGAAAAGUACUGGGAUCAUUUAGGUAAAUAUUUGUUGUUGUUUUUAAUCAACUAUUUGUACAUAUUUCAUGCGACAUAAAAUUAUUUUGGUAAACAAGGUGACUAAGGCCAAACAUUACUAAUCGUUAGUGACAAAAACUAAAGGACUUCUUCGAGCGGAUGCUGAAGCCACUCUUCAUCUUUUACAGCCUUAUUCAACUUUAAUCAGCGUUGUCUUUUUUAUCAAUGCAAAAGUUUUUCUUCGUUAACAACAGCUCGUAACAAAGCUGUCUUGUCCUAAAAAAAAUAUCAAUAUCACGAAAGUUCAGCUCUCGAAUACAAAUGAGGCGCAGUAUUUAGAUAACACAGGGCAUUAAAGUCGGUUUAAUUUGUUGAUUAAGCUCAUUAGUCUGAGUAACCAGUAGCCGGGGUGCUAUCGAGUCAUGGAACGCAAAUACUUUGUUUUGAAUAAAAUUCGUAAUUAAUUGCGACGAAAAAACGAAAUUUCUGUUUUUUUUUUGGCAAUCAGUAGGAAUUAAAAUAAAUGUUGUUUGAUAAGUCACCAUGCAAGGCUUUCGUUUCGUAUAAUGCACUUAUUCUCGAAACGCAAAGUAAUCGUGCUAACGCGAAAACAUUAUACGGCGUCUUUCAUCUGUGUUUUCGCUUAAUUUGCAUGCACUUUAUUACUGCUUCGUUUUGGUAGUAACCACACUUCUAAAGGUCCUAACAGACCUUCACUAUGCCAUCUGAUUAAGAGGCAUCUAGAUAUUACCUUUUGGUUAAUGGGAAGUAGUUAGAAGGAGAUACUAAAACUUACUUUAAAAAGUUUCUUUAUUCAAAGAAAAAUGGUAAGAAAAAUUGACAAAUACCGAAAUACCGUGUCGAAAAUAGACGAAAUAUCGAUACCGCAUUUAUGAUCGGUCACGCUUACUUGAAGUUGUAUCCAUCCCCUGUGCUUGUUAUCUCAAGCAUGAAUGCACCAGAAAUCAACCUCAGCAAUUGCGAGAAAACGUUAGAAGAACUCGAAUUUAUCGGUGCAACGAUCGAAAAGCCCAGUCAUCGGAUGCAAUAAUUAACUAUUACAAAUUGUGUACUCAUUUACCGUUAAGUGAAGGAUCUUCUUUUACCGAAAUACCGCUUGAAAAAAAGGUUAAUACCGCAAUACCGUAAUUCCCCAUGCCCCCCUUAAUAAAUGUUUUGGAAAACUUGGAUAAAAUUUUAAUUAGCUACAUUAGAUCACAGUACACAGAGAGGGACACGUGGCUCUACCUGUUGCACAGGGUCCAGAGUAGUUUCGUAUGAAUAAAUGAAUUACUUACCUUGAAAAAUGUCUAUACCUGUCGCUUAGCACGAUUAAUUAGCCCAAUGGGAUCUUUAUAAAUCUACUGUAAACGAUUUCUUCGCUUCUUAUCUGACCCAGAUCGACUUUUGAAAAUCAAUAACCGCAAGCCAUAUCCUCGCUGGCGCACGGCACGUCACCCGAAGGGUGACCGCCCGGAGCGACCGAGGCACGAAGUGCCGAGUAAAAGAAAGGACAAGUCCGUAUUUUAUACUGUAAGCCGAUCUUGCGAGCCCUCAGUCUCUUGGUUUGCGGUCUAUAGAAUGUGUAACGAAACCGUAACGCGAUCAAAAUAACCCGUUUUUUCAGAGGUUUUCGACGGGUUUUGAUGUUCUAACGACAAACACAUCUCCUCUGGACCCUGUGCCUGUUGCCACUUUCUUUCAGCCUCUUUUACACGAUAGACGGUAAGAAGACAUACCGUGGGGAGAAAAGAGCCCACGUUCGAUAUGUUAAAAAUUUAACUCGACUUCGAGGCAUUGGGGACAAAAUUGCACAUUUUUAACAACUCCAUUGUCUCGCAAAUCCCAGAAGAGACCUGAGCACAAAGAAAACCGAGCCAAAAAAGCGAAUCUUUACUGACGUCAUUGUUUACAUUUUUCUCAUUAGCAUACGACUUAACUCUUAGAAGCCAUGGCCGUAUAUACGAACUAAAUGCAAACGUUGAAAGACCUGAUUAAGCUGAACAAUUGGAGCCAUUUUUUAGCUCUCUGCAAGCAAUAUUGAAGAAAAUAUCAGCCAUACAUUCUCAUUCUCAUCAGUCAUACAUUCUUUGUAAAAUUUCGAGUUUUGAGAAGAGAUUAUCUCCGAAACCAUUCGGUGUAUUGGGCUCAAAUUUUCAGAGACAACUGAAACUGUUAUGCCCUUUCAAUGUGAUCAGAGUUUUAUUUUAUUAGCGCCAUCAAAUAGUGAUAAGCAUAUGUUAAUGAGGAGAAAAGUGUUAACAAAGAUUCGCCUGAAAAAUGACCAGAAAGCCUCGGAGUCGUGUUAGAAUUCUAAUAUAUCAAACGUGGCCUAUUCCCUGGGGACAUGGUUACUAUUCCCCACUCCAGCAACUAUUAGGGGAAUAUGUACAAGCUUUCGGCGCAACGACUUCUGGGAUCAUUUGGGUGGACAAGCGUUAAUUAUGAUUGGUUAAUGGUUACCUUGAAUACCAUCGACCAAUCAUAACUAACGCUUGUCCACCAAAACGAGCCCAUUCUGCCUAGUGUUUCUGAAGUGAAGAAUUCCGGUUUGUUUCCGAUAAAUCAGAAGAGCGGCCCUUGACACUCUUGUGGCAAAUCUACAGCAUGUGACGCGCCGUCGUAACGACAACUGUUAAAAAGAUUAUCGUAAAUAGACAGUUAGGAAAGAUCAUCUGCUACUGUCACGACACGCCAGCUCAAACAGUACGAGGUGAAAGGAGAAAAUUAUAGAGUUUUCACAAGGAAACUGUUCACAGUCUCAAAACCUCGACUUUCUAACUGACUCGGAUAUAUAACUGAAAACCAAGAGAGGAUAAAGGAGACAGAGAAGGCAUCCCCCAUACAUACCCUAUUCCAUAGGUAAUUCGUCUCGAGUUAUUUUUAGAAUCGGGAUAAAGUUACCUGAAAGCGUGAAGAGAUCGAGAGCAUUUCUGAAUAUUGACGCGAAAUGAGUCGGCGCUCUCCUAGGAAAAGGGAAUCGCUAGACUCUUUGACAACCCGUGAAAUCAGUUUAACUCGAAGUUGUCGUAACCUCAGCGCUUUAAUAAAAUGAGAAAUUUCGCCGGUCUAUUGAAACCGGUCGUUUGUACAAUAAAGCAAGUAGGACGCCAAGUGUUAUUUUUGUUGAAUAAUAAGACUAAUUGCUCUCUUCAAACUGUAAAUUAUUAAUGAUCCUGAGAGAAUAUUCAGUGUGUUAAGGAUUUCCCUGCUGCACUGUUAGCUCGCAAGAGAGGGAGGGCGAUUGUUUUCUAAUUUCCGUUUCGCUGACACAGCUUUAUCAGAAGUCUCUCUGUAGUCGUUUUCGUCGACAAAACUAAUAGCAAUAUCGCUCUCCGCGUCUUCCGCCAUUUUGUUCUGCGUCAAUUCGUGAAGGACGCGUGGCUAUGAGCGUAGGUCAUGCACGCUGAACACAUUCGCGCUACGUGAUUGGCUGUUGUCUAAUCCCCCUUGGGAUCUGUGGUCUUAAAAAUAACUCGAGACGAAUUACCUAUGGAAUAGUAUGUGUAUGGGGGAUGCCUUCUCUGUCCCCUUUAUCCUCUCUUGCUGAAAACUCUUAGAAAAAUUUGAGGCCAAGGGCAAGGUAAAUGUGUGUUUGUUAAAUGCAGUUGUUUUUGUAAUAAUAUACAAUAUUUAUAGAGCGCUAAUUCCCAAUGGUCCAAAAGCGUUACGCUGUAGAAGCAAUUAUUUCAAACAGAAAUUUCUCGAAAACGCUCGCAUAAAAAUUACCUAAAAUCGGUACAACUCAAGACAGUUAUGUGAGCUUCACGUCCCAUAAGCAGCUCCAAAAACAAAUAUCUAGAUUUCUCAUAAUUUCAGGAAACGUAAAAAUACCAAUAGCGUCGCGCGUUGCCAUGGAUACGUCGAUCUCGCAAAAACUAAGUUUGUUGGAAACUCUAAUCUAUACCAUACAAUUCGCUUACCUGCUUCGCUUGGGGCAUCUUUACAUUUCGCGUUACAUUAUCUUAACGUUUUAAAACCCAAUAUCCACUUACAAACUUUGAGAAAUUCUCCAGACUUGUCUUAGUUGAGAGAAUAGGAUAAAAGAUCAAAGAAUUUUCCCUCAGGUGAUCAUGAAAUUAAUUAUGAUAACCUUUCCCCUUGAUCGGGACUUUGUAUUGAUAUCAUUGGGAGACAACUGAUGUUGGUCACUAAUUUCUUGCUCUUUCAGGAGAGUACACGAAUGUUGUUCCCGUUGUGAUGGGUGGCGCUGAUCCCUCAGACUACAAACGAAUGGCUAUUCCGGGGUCUUAUAUCAAUGUUGUGGACUUCAAGACUGUAAAACAACUAGCAGAAUAUCUUCAAUAUCUGGACAAAAACAACACAGCUUACAACGAGUAUUUUAAGUGGCGGUUAAAAUACAAAGUGAGUCCUUAUCACUACCCGCUGUGUAACUUUUGCAGAUCGCUCGCCUUAAAACCUGACCUUAGAGAAACGAAAAUUUACCACGAUCUUCGCAAAUAUUGGUUAGAAGAGGGAAUGUGCAAUCAACAGAACCAACGUAUUAGAAGCAUGUGGUAAGCCAUGACUAAAGGCUCGGAAAGGUUGACACAGUUAAGUUCAGUUACCCUACACACGGACAACGGCGUGGUGUGUCAUUUAUAAGACCCUAAAAGAUGAAUGGGAAAAUCUCCCGUUGGUGCGUGGAGCAACUGGUAUACUAAAAUCAGUUUAGCAUUAAUAAAGAAAAAGUGCCGUAAUAAGCGACUAUCUGCUUACGUUACGGGCGUAGCCCUUGACUGGUGGAAAAUUAAGUUGUGGUUGUUGAUGGCUCGUAUGGGCCACGAUGAGAAAAAAAGUAAAUUGAAAGUUUUUAAAGCGCACACGCUACCUUACGGUACCGUGGAAGUCCCAACGGCCGGUACGCAGUAGAGUAUGCGCGUAUACUAUCUACCUUCCAUGGAGAUCUCAUUGAUCUGAAGCUCAAUUUUAGGAGAGGUUUCUAGAGGAAUGUAAAAUGUCUGCUUCGAUGCACCGCUUACGAACAGACUUAUGUCAAGUUAAUCUACCCAUUAUAGUCAGAACUUUAAAUAGAAAGAAGACGGUUUCUUUUAGCGACGCGCGUUAAUCGAAAGAUGACCUUUUUCAUUUAUGAGCAGCGGUUUAGACCAAAAUGUCUGAGCUACCGCGCCUUCUGUUGUCCCUUUUUCUUUUGGUAUCAGCACAGUCGACGUCAAAUUUCAACGCUUAAAGGCGCGUUAUGAAGGAUAAGUCGGGAGAAUUUAAUGAGAAUCUUGGGUAUUGGUAUUCUACUUCGCUAUAACGCGUACUACAGUUAAGCUGUGGUUUAAUUUUUCAUCCUGUUCUUUUAACCUGUUACCUUUCUGUCUUUACAGCUUAAACUUGAGAUUAUACCAAUAUUUUGGUUUAAUGUACCUUUUUGUUGUUUUGAACAGGUUAUCACUUCCAAUAACGGAGUUUCUCUUCUUUGUUUUAGAAAGAGCAGGUCAUAAUUGAAAACAAUGAUUAAAUAUUAAAACAUGACAAUCAUUAUUUUUAAUAUUGAUCUCGUGUUCCACUUCAAUGAACACAAUAAUGACCUCCUGCUCCUCCUUGCUAGCCACAAGAAAUUUUUUACGAUAAUAUAAGAUUGAGGACUAAGCCUUUUUUGCUGCCAUGAAUUUCUUUCUUGCUUUGUACCACGCUUCUUGUAUUUACCAGAUAUAACCAGCAUUUGCAAACUAUUUCUAAAUGUUGGUAAACGUAAUGUUUUAAAGUUUCCAUCCAAAACAUCCAGUUGAAAGAAAUAAGCGACAAUCUUGGCCAGAAUACUAUGAAACAGCCCCCGGGGGGGGGGAGGGGGGGUUCUUUAGGAAUUUCUGGGUGGGGAUGUGCCGCUGGGACCCUGGAACCCUUAACCUAUACCAGAGCUAGUUCAGCUGAAUUUUGCUACCCUCUACUAGAGUAAACUCCCCAAAUCCCCCCUAUCCUAGAGUAGCUGUUUCCCUAGUCUAGAUAAAAUCUUCAACCAACUGAUCAGUUUCCUGAAAAAUGAUACCCUAUUCUAGACCCAAACGCACUGAUUUAUAUACCCUAUCCUAGAGUAAACUGCUUGAAAACCAUACCCUUCACAGCGGCACAUACCUAUAUAGCCCAUAUAUGGCAGUACCCCCCCGGGAAACAGCAAACUCUCCUUCCCCCGAAUCUCAAGGAUGAAGCCGUGCGAAAGCCAAAACGCGCCAUUUUCCCAUCCUUGGUUUUGGGGGGAUCUUGAUAGACUACUAUUUCCCUUGUUUUAUUCCCCUCAGUCUUGGAGCCAAGUAUGAAUUUGAGUAGUUCGAAAGUGGUCUGUUAUCCCCAAAGCAUUUGAUAUUUUUGCACAGAACUGAGAAACAAAAUUUUCUCCCCUUUUUGUGUUUUUACUAGUCUGGCCUUGCACUAUCCUCGAAACGUUUCCAAGUUCUUAAAUAGUUUUCCUGUUUGGUUUGUAAUUUUGAAAGGCUUCUUUCUUAUCGAUGCCCAGUUAAAAACUCUAGUUUAUUCGCCGUCUACACGUUUUGAGGUAAUCUCGAGCUCGCUGUUGUGCACGAAGACUGAUUGGUAAAAUAUUCUUUAAUUCAAACCUAAGCGAUCAUCCUUUUAACCAUGCAAUUGACCUUGUUACCUAGAGGGAAAGCACAAAACUAAACACCCUUGUCUUAGUGAACUUCUGCAGUGGGUUCACGAAAAAAAAACCCCAUUAUCUAGAAAUCCUUUCAGACAUGGCUCAGUAUAGGUAUUAACAUUUCGUACGACACAUCGCUCGUGACAUUCCACGUUCGCGUGAGCCUUAAAUUUAGCAGACAUAAAUUUCUGUUUCAAUCCACCUUGGUUCGUUUUCCUAGCUCCUUUAGAACAAGGUUAUUAUUCUCUGCCUGCACUCGGUGUAAAAGAAAAAGUUCGUGACACUUAAUUAAUUUCUUGUGUUUGUCACCCCUCAUACCAAAAUUAAACCAAUCAAAUAAAUGGUUGUUCUUAAUAAAGUUUCAGGAUUACCACUUCCCAAAAGUAUUGCAAUUUUUCGCUUUAAACUGACCCGAGUUGUUUUGAGCGGAAGUUGUCAAUUCAACAUCAAGUGAUGUGCCUAACUUUUCAAACAUUUCACCGGAGCAAAACUUUAAUUUUUGUUCCCUUUCAUUCAAAUCGCUUCAAAAAUUGUUAAUUAAAUUUCCCGGGUACCGCCCUCUAUGUUCUCCUCCAAUUUAUUUGAAGAAUUGACUAAGGACCUCAAUUAAAUCUUCUUUUUACAUGGUAUCCAGGUCUGCAUAUAACCUGAGGAUAAUGCCUUAGGAAAGAGGUCUUCUUAACGAUAAUGACCGAGCGCGUAGCUCGAGGUCAGUUAUCAUUUUUAAGAGGGCCAAGGAGCGAUACAUCGUCCUACAUUCAUUGUAUCCUGUUCCAUUUCAGAUUAUUCAUUAAGCUCAAAUACUUGUUCAAAACGAUGGAAAGGAGCAUUAAGCACCCCUAGCAUCUCCAACACUAGAUGUUUCAUCAAAGGAGUGGCGCACCUUUCGGAUGCAAGACACAGAGUUGAGGUUGAACAUGAGGUUUAGACCUAAAAACUGUCUCCGGAACUCAUUGAUAAUUCUUAUAGUGUUCGGAACGUUUAAGAUUCGGUGGCGGCAAAGUGCAAAGCUGGAAGUCGCUGUGGAAGAACUUGAUUCGAUAACUCAACCGAAUAUUCAGAAGACUGAAGCGUAUUCGGCAGUGCUUCAUUCGACUCAACUACAUUCAAGCCGACCUCCGCCUUCAGCUAAACUUCAAUCAAUGCAGAUACCUUCCAGUCUGCCUAAUUCAACUGCAACCCUGUUAGAGAAACCAAAAUUUCUUAUUCUUAUUUACACUAGGUUCUGGCAAAAAGUAAAAGAGGUUGGCGAGUAUCGAAGCGACUGCAUUCUUGAUCAAACCAGCAGAACUCAAUGCCCAUUAGAUAGAUUUGAAAUGACCUACGACAAAGAUCGGUUUUCGCAGAGCGACUUAGUGAUAUUUCGCGCGGCUGGCGGGAACAUGCCAAGUGUAGAUCACCUGAAGUCAUUAUCAAAGAACAGGCCUGCUAAACAGCGCUGGGUUUAUCACACUAUGGAAGGGCCACUGGCAACUCCCGAUCCAGCACCGUUAAACGGAUUGUUCAACGCAACUUGGACGUACCGAGAUGAUUCCGAGUUUUCAGCUGCCUAUUCAGCGUAUGUACCCCUCUUUCCUGAGGAAGCGGCGGAUAGAAUGAAAACUAUGAUCGACUAUAGUCAAGGAAAAACUAAACUUGUCGCAUGGCUGGUGAGUAACUGUGGAUCUCAACUACGUAUGGCCUUCGUCCGCGAACUGAUGAAGUACAUCAACGUAGAUGUAUACGGAAGCUGCUCCAGCACAUUUGGCCAGAGACUAUCAUGUUCAAAAUCUGAUGAAAAAGACUGCCUCAAACAUUACAAAUUCUACCUUUCGUUUGAAAAUGCGCUUUGCAAGGAUUACAUCACUGAAAAGUACUGGGAUCAUUUAGGUAAAUAUUUGUUGUUGUUUUUUAAAUCAACUAUUAGUACAUACUUCAUGCGACAUAAAAUUAUUUUGGUAAGCAAGGUGACUAAGGCCAAACAUCACUAAUCGUUAGUGACCAAAACAAAAGAACUUCUUCAAGCGGAUGCUGAAGCCAGUCUUCAUCCUUUACAGCCUUAUUCAACGUUAAUCAGCGUUGUCUUUUUUAUCAAUACAAAAAUUUUUCUUCCUUAACAAUAGCUCGUAACUAAGCUGUCUUGUCCUAACGAAAAUAUCAAUAUCACGAAAGUUCAGCUCGCGAAUACAAAUGAGGCGCAGUAUUUAGAUAACACAGGGUACGUAGGUUUAAUUUGCUGAUUAAAUUCAUUAGUCUGAGCAACCAGGUAAGGUGCUAUCGAGUCUUGGAACAAAAAUAUUUUGUUUUGAAAAAAAUUCGUAAUUAAUUUCUAUGAGAAAACGAAAUUUCGGAUUUUUUGGCAGUAUAUGAAUAAAAAGGAAUGUUGUUUGAUAAGUCACCAUGUAAGGGUUUCGUUUCCCAUAAUGCACUCGUCUCUCGUCUGUGUUUUCGCUUACUUUGCAUGCACCUUAUAAACUUUAUAACUACUUCGUUUAGUUAGUAACCACACUUCUUAAGGUCCCAACAGACCUUCACCAUGCCAGAGGUAUCUAGAUUUUACCUUUUGGUGUAUGCGAAGUAGUUAGAAGCGGAUACUAAAACGUACUUUAAACUUUCUUUAUCUAAUUGUUUGGACAACCACAGGCAGCCCAAGCUCGAAAUAUGAGCAUCGGCAUUGUUGCGUAACAUUCGAAAUAUAAGGAUUUGUAUGGGGAAAAAACCUAUCUACCUGACUCGGAUAUACAACUGAAAACUCUUAGAAAAACUUGAGGCCAAGAGCCGGGUAAAUGUCUGUUUGUUAAACGCGGUUUUUUUUGUAAUUGGUUACGCUGUAGCAGCAAUUAUUUCAAACAGAAAUUUCUCGAAAACGCUCGCAUAAAAAUUGCUUAAAAUCGGUUCAACUCAAGACGGUUAUGUGAGCUUCACGUCCUAUCAUAAGCAGCUUCAAAAACAAAUGUCUAGAUUUCUCAUAAUUUCAGGAAACGUAAAAAUGCCAAUAGCGUCGCUGCGUUGCCAUAGAUACGUCGAUCGGUUACCUGCUUUGCUUGGGGCAUUUUUACAUUUUUGUUAAUAGAUGUUAUCAAUGUUAAAACGGGUCGAGCUACCUUAAGUAUUGACUUCCCACUACCUGUUCCAGAGUCUGGUUAUUUUUGAGAGCGAAAGGUUAUGCAGAUAAUUAUUCAGCAAUAUCAAAUGUCUUAUUGACGUAUUUCAGUACUCCUGUGAGGUAACAGGAUGUAGGUUCUAUUACAUUCAAACCACACUUCACGGACAUCCCGUUAUUACGGACAGUUUGCUUUGUGUUCGUUGAAAGAAAGCCCUUACAUUUUCUCCAAAUUCAAUCCUCUUAAUAUGGACACUUUCUAUCGUAUUAACGGAGUUUGACUGUAUUUUGCAAGUGCAGAGAAAAAUGCGAAAAUCUACAAUUUUUUCGUAGUGUAUGUUUCUGAAGGGAAAUAGAGAUAACCCAGCAGGGCGCUGUUAAAGCGGCAGCUUUAUUACUUAUCUUAACCCUUUAAAUCCCAAUAUCCAGAUACAAACUUUGAGAAAUUCUGCAAACUUGUCUUAGUUGAGAAAAUAGGAUAAAAGAUCAAAGAAUUUUCCCUCAGGUGAUCAUGAAAUUAAUUCUGAUAACCUUUAACCUUGAUCGGGACUUUGAUAUCAUUGUGAGACAACUGAUGUUGGUCACUAAUUUCUUGCUCUUUCAGGAGAGUACACGAAUGUUGUUCCCGUUGUGAUGGGUGGCGCUGAUCCCUCAGACUACAAACGAAUGGCUAUUCCGGGGUCUCAUAUCAAUGUUGUGGACUUCAAGACCGUAAAAAAACUAGCAGAAUAUCUUCAAUAUCUGGACAAAAACAACACAGCUUACAACGAGUAUUUUAAGUGGCGGUUAAAAUACAAAAGAAGUCCUUACCACUACCCUUUGUGUAACUUUUGCAGAUCACUCGCCUUAAAACCUGACCUUAGAGAAACGAAAAUUUAUCACGAUCUUCGCAAUUAUUGGUUAGAAGAAGGAAUGUGUCAUCAACAGUACCAACGUAUUAGAAACAUGUGGUAA